UUAUUUUAUUGAAUAAAUCAGAAAAAUUUGGGAAUACAAUAGUGUUAUUUUUAGUAAUACACUGCACCAAUCCAAGUUGAUAUACGUGUCCUUGAAAAAAUGUUGAUGACGUCAUCACAAAAUUCUGUAAAGUAAAACUCAGCUCAAAAAUGCUGGAUUUACGUUACCACAAAUGGAACACAUUAAUUACACUCAUAAACCACACUUCUCGAAGAAUUUCCACUCUACAAAAGUAUGGAACAAAAUACGAAAAUUGUGUAUGUAGAUUGCAAAAAUAACUACACUUUAUCAUUAUUUGCAAUAAACAAAACAGAUAAAUUUUAAUCGGCAAAAUGUGUUGCAUAACAGUUUCGGUCUAUUUGUUGAAAGACGACAAUAUAAUCAAUAUAUUCUUGUACGGUUUCCUAUUUAUUCGAUUUCAGAGGUAAUAUAAACCCGAGGUAGUUGUACAUAAAUUGACCGACUAGAGUUACCGAAGGUUCGCAGUGCUCACUAACAUUAAAUCAAGCACACUACAAUGAACAAACUCGAUAUAUUAUAUUCUCCGAGCUACUGGGCAAAGAGAUUAUCCUCUCCGACCGAAGUAAUUGACCAUCAUAUGAAAUUCAUCACUAAUGCUAGUGCAUCAGUGUCUAAAAAAAUCCCCUGCGAGCUCGAUAUUCCAUACGGAGCCAGCCAACGACAAAAAAUCGACAUUUUCGGCACAGACCUGCCCCCAGGUGCCCCCAUUCUCAUUUUCCUCCACGGUGGCUACUGGCAAACCGCCGAGAUAACCAGAUCAAGUUACCACUUCAUCGCCGAGCCCCUCCACCCUCACAACAUAAAAACCCUCUUCGUAGGCUACGACCUGUGCCCCCACGUCACCCUCCCCGAUAUUGUUCGUCAAAUCCAAGUCGCAGCGAAAAAAUGCCUCGAAUACGCCAAACAAACAAAAUCCAAGGAGGUAUAUUUCAUGGGCCACUCCGCUGGAGCACAUCUUAUAGCCUCCCUUUUCACCAAUUUCGUCAAGUCGAUCUCUGAAGAGGAGCAGGUUAUUGUUAAAGGAGUGAUCUUGAUGUCGGGAGUGUUCGAUCUGUCGCUUCUACAAAAAACUGUAAUUAACGAAUCUCUGAAAUUGGACGAAGAAGUGGCGGCUGAAAUGAGUCCAAUGAAACAGAGCGUCGUGGAUGGCGCCGGAACGGCGUUUUAUUUGAUUGUCGGCCGGAACGAAAGUCCGGAGUUUAUCAAGCAAUCGAGGGAGUUCGGCCGGAAGUUGGAGAGUUCCGGAUUUAAAGCGGAAGUGGAUGUUAUUGAAAGUGUAGAUCAUUUUGAUAUUGUGGAGAGACUGGUGGAGGGGGAGUUUGAAGUCACGAGGCGGGUGGUGGGGAUAAUUGCCAAGCACUGACACUA